CUCAUUGUGGGUGUGGUGUUCAACAAAGGUUGAUUGAGAGAUCGCAUCACCGUUGAAGCUUCUGGCAGGACGCGGUGUCUCAUAUAGCAUUUAACGAACAUCGCAAAUCGUGGUUUGGCUUGUUUUGUACUGGAUAUUUCUUAUGAGAUCGGGUCGGGACGUUUCGCUGAACAACAACAGGGUAGAAGUAACGGCAGGCAUGAGGAUUGCACGUCUUUCUCUUGAAAUGCAUCAGUUCCGCUGGGCUGCCUCGUGACUCCAGCAGCGACCGAGAGGAGGAGGAGGAGGUGGUGGUGGAGGAGGAGGACUGGACCGCGGUGAAGACAACAGAUGAUCCGGGCCCCCGUCACCUCCUGUCCGCUCCUCUGAAGCGCGUCUGCUCGCCGGGAUCAGGAGCACUAGAGGCGGCCGCACGGAGAGGCGUUGAAAUGAGAUGAGGCUCAGACAUGGAACUGUUGCCACUGCGAUUGUUUUCUUCACAUCGUUUCUCAGUCUGUCCUGGUACACGGCUUGGCAAAAUGGCAAAGAAAAGUUGGUAGCGUAUCAGAGGGAGUUUCAUGCCCUGCGGGAGCGUCUGCGGGUGGCGGAGCACCGAACACUCCAGCGCUCCUCUGAACUCAAUGCCAUCCUGGAGCAGUUCAGACGAGCCAUCUCAGAGACCAACGGCAGCAAAGAUGCCCUCUCCAACUUCUCAGACGAGACUCAGAAGCUGUUGAAGGAGUUGGCUCACAGGAAGCCCCUUCAGGUGCCAAAUAUCUACCACCACCUGCCUCACCUGCUCAACAAUGAAGGCAGUCUGCACCCAGCCGUACAGGUGGGACAGGGGCGAACCGGAGUUUCCAUGGUGAUGGGCAUCCCCACAGUGAAGCGGAAAGUGAAGUCAUACCUGUCAGAGACGCUUCAUUCGCUCAUCGAUAAGCUGUCGGCGGAGGAGAAGCUGGAUUGCGUCAUCAUAGUGUUUGUAGGAGAGACGGACGUGGAUUACGUAAACAGUGUGGUUGCAGGCCUUGAAAAAGAGUUCUACACUGAGCUGAAUUCUGGGUUACUGGAGGUCAUUUCCCCACCUGCCAGCUACUAUCCGGACUUAAGCAGCUUGAAAGAGACCUUCGGUGACUCAAAGGAGAGGGUGAAAUGGAGGACCAAGCAGAACUUGGACUAUUCUUUUCUUAUGAUGUAUGCUGUCAACAAAGGGGUCUAUUAUGUCCAGGAGAGGGGAAAGUUAGAGGACGACAUCGUUGCCAAGCCCAACUAUUUUGCCACCAUGAAAAACUUUGCUCUGCAACUUGCCACAGAGGACUGGAUGAUCCUCGAGUUUUCACAGCUGGGCUUCAUCGGUAAGAUGUUCCAAGCCCCAGAUCUAAAUCUCAUCGUGGAGUUUAUCUUCAUGUUUUAUAAAGAGAAGCCCAUCGAUUGGCUGCUGGAUCACAUACUCUGGGUCAAAGUGUGCAACCCAGAGAAAGAUGCCAAACACUGUGAGAGACAGAAGUCGAGUCUGCGCAUUCGUUUCAGGCCCUCUUUGUUUCAGCACGUAGGCCUGCACUCCUCUCUGGCUGGGAAAAUACAGAAACUCACGGAUAAAGAUUUCCUGAAGCCUCUGCUGCACAAGAUUCAUGUCAACCCGCCGGCGGAGGUAUCCACGUCUCUUAAAGUGUACCAAGGCCAUACGCUGGAAAAAACCUACAUGGGCGAGGAUUUCUUCUGGGCCAUUACUCCAAUGGCAGGAGACUAUGUGCUGUUCAAGUUUGACCGGCCCGUCCACAUUGACAGGUUCCUUUUUCGCAGUGGAAACCAGGAGCACCCAGGAGACAAAAUCGAGAACACUACUGUCGAGAUCCUGCCCUUUUCGGACGGCGAGUUGAAGACCAAAGAGAAAUACAAAAGAACAGAGGAUCGCUUUUACAGACUCGCUCAGUUUGAGAAUGGAGUGGCUGAGGGGACUGUGGAAGCUGUUUUUAACCCUGUGGUGGCUGUUCGUCUGUCCGUCCAGAAAGACUCUGCUGUCUGGGCCAUUAUUAGCGAGAUCCAUAUCAAGAGAAUACCUGGAUAACAGCCUGAAGGCCUCUGGUCAUCUGGAUGGAGACUUGCUGCUUAAAUCCACAGUGACUUUUAUCAGAGUGUGUUGAGGAUCCUGGAUUCUUGGUCUUCACCGCUUCACUUUUUCCUCCGGUAGCUUUGUCACUCUCUCCUUUCCCCUUCUACUCUUCCCUGAGUUGGGUGUGAAUGUGACUACUACUGUACAGAAAAGAAGUCUUUUUUUUUUGUUCCAGACACUGAAUUAGUGUCGUGAAGAAUUUGCAAUCAUCGACGCUCUCAUGAAAGUUUGAAUUUAGCGUUGAGUGCUGGAGGACGAGUGGAUGUGCCCUACUGAUGCAGAACUGAAACUGACCUCAAUCUCCACGGCUGGGUUUCAGCCGAAAGGUGAACGACUGGGAUGAUUUUUAGAUUUUAGGUUAUUGAUAUUUGACACUCUAUGAAGAACAUUUCAGAGAGAGAGUAAUCGUUGACUGCUUUGCCAAACUUUAAAAAGGCGUUUCUAGAAAACAAACAUCAUAUCUUCGGCCACCAGGAGUGGCUUUUCUUCCUUCGUGUGGGUUUAAUGUCUACCAAUCAGUCAUGGCUUUCGAUCUGAAGGUUUUUAAUUGCUGUUCUCAUUUUUUGACGAUCUAUGAAGGUGAAUUAAUUUAUUUGAAACAAGUCUUUUAAUUUGUAAAUGCUUUUAUUUUAUAUUGAUUGGAUGUGGCAGAGAAUUUAUUGAAGUGAAGAUGGUUGUUGUUUGUGUGUUUGUGAAGGGGGUGCCGAACGUCCACUUCUGUGCCUUAACCUCCAGCGACCCCUAGAGGGCCUGGUGAAGGACUGCCUCGCGCCCCUGUGUCAAAACGCUUAAAUCAUACUAUUGGACAAAUCUCCGUAUGCUUGAUUUAAGUAGGAUCUUGAAGUUUAGAGCAUGGCAUGUUCGUGUUUAUGUUCCAGAAUCUUGUCGUUUUCGUUUUUCCGUUGAGCAUUUCCAUCUCGAAUAGUCCACUUUCAUCAUGCCUGUCAGGAAAUGUGCUCCUUUCUAUGCUGUAUCACGAGAAUCUGAAUGUUCAGCGAGUCUUGAUUAAGUCCAGAUGGAAUCUGCAGAUUAUGAGGGGUAAAAAGUGAUUAAUAAAGAAGAUGUGGGUGAUGUGCUUGGCUUUAACAGUAGCUGAAAGCACAAUCACAAGCUGCUAAAGGAGCAUGGUGAUGGGGAAAAAAUAGACUGCAUUUCAAAGCAUUUGAAAAUGUUUCCAUUUAGCUUUCUCUCAAAUUUAUUGUGUCUCAUCUCAGAUAAAACUACGCAACAGUACUUUAAAGAAAUUGCAACACAUUUCUUUGAGAAAUAUGAUACGUUACAGACGAAUUCAAAGUAGAUUGAAUUACAUUUGUGAACACCAUUCACAAUACACCAUUUUUGGGGGGAACAGAUGAACAUGCAACGUUUAUUAAGGGAAUACUGUACUCUCUUGUAAACAAAAACAAAUGAAAAUAAAGCUUUCACGAGCAUAUGCAACAUUUCUUAGAGGAAACAGACUCUUAAAAUGCAAACAAAAGUUUGUUAAGGGAAGCAAUACUGUUAUGAGCAAAUCAUUAAAAUGGUUUUCAUUAUAAAAAUCCAUCUUAUCAUCCUUUCUGUACGUUAUGGCCAAAAUUAUUUGAACAUUUGGCAUAUUUAAAGUGUUAGUUACCCCCAAUAUAAGCAGUCUGUUAUUGAUUACUGAUCCUCAUUUCAGUCCAAUCACCUGAGACAUUCGUUCAUAUUCAGAACAUAAAUUAAGAUAUUUUAGAUGAAAUCCUAAAGCAUCUUCCUCAGACAACAAGGAUCAUGAGAAGUCCAGAAAAGGAACCAAAAACAUCUUCACACAUGUGACUCUCAAAAGACUUUUGCGCACCAAACAUUUUGUAUUGGAUUGUAAUUUCUGUAGUACACAUGCUCCCCUAAAUGAAAGAGCAAAUAUUGUGGGAACAAAGUCAUAUUAACUGUUUUUAUUUUUAUGUUUGGCACACAAAAGUGUUCUUGGAGCUUUGUAUGAUUACCGUUAAACCACUGACGUCACGUGUUUGUCUUGGAAUGUUAGCUCCUGUUCUAGGCUGUCUAUGGAGGAUGAGGGAGCUCUCAGAUUUCAUCUAAAAUAUCUUAAUUUGUGUUCUGAAGAUAAACAAUAGUCUCAGGGGAUUUUUUUAUUUUUGGGUGAACUAACCGUUUAAGAAAGUUUAGAUGUUAAAGUUAAGCUAAAUUAAUAAUAUUCAUAAAAUGAGUGAAAUAUGCUUUAUAAACUAGAGCUGGCGUAAGGAGAUUUAGGUCAUUUUCCUUACCAACUUCACUGUCAAAAUGAUCAUGUUCUUUCAUUGAAUUCAAACCUCUCAGGAAAUAUGGACAUUAUGCUAGUAGAUAAGCCGCUGCCAGACACACCAAAUAUUACAGAUAAGUAACAUCUGCAUGUUUCAUUAAACACGGUCGUGUUUUUGGAGGCAAAAAACAUCCCAAUGUUUACUAGUUUUGACCACCGUUGCAUUUUCCCCAUCACCUUUUGCACCUUUAGGCGCUCCAUAACAAUAAAAGAAUCUAUGUGUAGAACUUUCUUCAUGACAUUCACAUCAUUAAUGUGCGGAUUCUGUGUGGACCUGGUCAGGAGCAAAAUAUCAGCAGGACCGUAGAUUUCCAAUGGAAAAAGCUGCCUCUACAUUUAUUACAUUGUAAAGCUACGGUUACGCUAUUUUGCCGGUAGCUCCUGGCAUAAAGACCCGGUGGUGAAGUAACUGCUGUACAGAUUUCCAAAGUGCUCUCAUCUCAUGUGAUUGUAUAUAUAAAUAUCUUUAAUAAGAAGGAAGUUUUAGUUCAGCCAGACAUAACGUGUUCAAGUAUCAGAGCAUAUCACCCUCGUUUCUAUUGAGGUAAAGUCUGUUUUAUAUUGGCACAUUCAUUUUUAACUUUGUUUUUAACUAAAUUUGAAUAUUCGGUCUGAAAUCGCAUGCAAGUAUGACUUCAGAACAACAUUAGCACUAUUUAAUUGGCUGUGUGCAGUGCUUUACUUUGAUAGUCGUUGGCUGAUUAUAUGAUUUCACUAUUUAGAUACUUUAGAUACACUAUUAAAUUACUUUUCUGAAAUUAUAUUAUUAAGGAGAACGUCUGAAUGUGCGAAUAUAAAACCGACUUUAUCCCAAUCUCGUUUCUGUGACUACUCGGAGCUGGUUGUGAGCUGCAGCGUGUGUGUUUUGUAACUGAAAGCCAAUGUACUGUCAUAAACAAUUGUUUACAGUUUGUUUCUGAGGUAAACCCUCGGUCUGGUCCAGGCUUCCAUGAGAUGGACGAUUGGUCUUUCUCUGUGGUCUGCCGAAUUGCUGCCUGUUAUUUGAAGUCAGGUUUGUGCUCAGUGAUCUGUUGUCCUCUAGUUAAGCUCUCAUUGCCCUGCUGAAAGAAACAGCUUAUAUUAGCCUAGGCUGGUUUUAGCUGAUGGACCAGCCUGGUUUUAGAGAGGUUUUGGCCAUUUCCAGGUUGGUUUCACCAAUUUCCACCUUGGUCUUAGCUGGAAUGACCAGCUAAAACAUAGGCCUCAAACUGGAUUCCUGGAUGGCUGCAGCUCUGCACAGUUUUGCUCCCACCUUAAUCAAACACAGCUGAUCCAACUAAUCAUGGUGAUCAACACUAUUAGUGACCAUUAAGCAGUUGUGUGUUGAAGGUGGUUGGAGCUAAACUAUGCAGAGCUGUGGCCCUCCAGGAAUUGAAUUUGAGACCAUUGAGCCAACACCAUCCUGGUUUAAACUGGAAAUAGCUGGUUUUGGCUGGACUCCCAGCCUGACUAAGCUGGUCAAGCUGGUUUUAGCUGGUCAUCUCCCAGCCUGACCAGCUAAGACCAGGCUGGAAAUGGCCAAAAAGCGGUAAAUAAAUGGAGUUUGAGCGCCAGGGGUAGAAAACCCCUCUACAGUUACUCAAAUUUAUUUCAUUAAUAAGAAAAGCAAUCAAUAUAUUAAUAAAAGUGAAAAACAAAACCUAAGCUUUAUAUUCAACACAUUUAGUUCAAAUCAUCAUAAACCAAACAAACUUAGGCUGGUUUAAGCUGCUUUUUUUUUCAGCAGGGUGGGCAGUUCUCCAUCUGGGACGAGCGCGUGUUCACCCUUCUGUCUUGCAUUGAGAUGAAUCAGACAUGAAACGUGCAGUCUGGACUUUCAUGUGCCUUCAUCUGUCUUUCUCCAGCUCUGACAUUGAUUUCAAUAAACCGGUUCAACACAAA